GCUGGAAGGAAGCCUGGAGUUGCCACUGAGAAGACUUGCUACCCAAGGAAGCAAAGGGACAGGGAAGGAAGGGGGACCAUGGGGCGAUUCAUCUUUGUGACCCUCGGCUUGCUGGUCGUGGCUUUCUCCAUACAUGGAGUCAAAGGCUGUUCUUGUCCUCGUGAUUGGCUCCCCAUGAAUGGGUUUUGCUACAAGGUCUUCGAGGAAAUAAAGAACUGGAACGAUGCAGAGAUGGCCUGCAGGAAACACAAGCCAGGCUGCCACCUCGCCUCCAUCCACAGCAUAGAUCAAGGAGUUGACUUGGCCGAGUACAUCACUGACUAUCUCACAAGGAAAACCCAUGUCUGGAUUGGACUGCGUGAUCCACGGAAACAACGCACCUGGGAGUGGUCAGACAGAUCCUCCAUCAACUACUUGUCCUGGAAUCCAGGAGAGCCCAACAACGACUUCAACAAAGAGCACUGUGUCCACCUCUGGAGCCCGGCAGGUUACAAGAAAUGGAACGAUACGCCCUGCGAGUCCUUGCAUCCUUUCCUCUGCCAGUGCAAAUUCUAGUGCAAAUGGCUCCUUUCCCUGCUCUGCGGUGAGCGAAGCACCUGGUUAUAAGAACUGGAACGACGAGAAUUGUGCAUCCACCCGUGCAUACCUCUGCCAGUGCAGAUUCUAGUGCAACUCCUUCUUCUCCUGCUCUGGAGUGGCAGAAGCGCCUGAUGAAGCCUGGAGAAGCAAGGAAGCCUUUCCAAAACUUCUGCUCUGCGUCCUUUCGCUUAAUGCUUGAUUUCUGUAGCUUGGAUCUGAUUUUGCUCAUCCUGAUGGGCCAGAAGUUCAAGUAAAUUCAGUCUUGGCAUGACUAGCUCCGUUUAUUUUUGUCAGCGAGAUCUUUACCAUGGGUUUUCCCUUUGAUGCAUGCUUACUAUCGGCUGCCAUAGUAAGGGGCGGGGGGGGUGGCAUUGCGGUUUGGGAAGUGAGCUAGUGUGAUGAAGGUCCAUGGGAACUAAAAGGGAGGUUUGCCCUCUGGAAUGACUGCGCUGUUGAGCGGAGUUCUUUACAGGCCAACCGUCCUAGAACUCCAGAUGGACGAAAAUACCUGAGGAUUUACUUCACAUGACACUAUACAGGACAUGGAUUGGACGUUCAGUCUGGGUCCCUGGGAGGAGGGAUUUGGGGAAACUUUCAACAUGUAACUCUCCUGCCUUUUGGCUCAGAUCUUGCUUUGCUGUUGCUGCUAUCAUUGUCACAUAUAAAUACCUGACCUCAUGCCCAGGCCAGGAGACAGGGGGCUGGUGAGAUCGAUCCCCAGGGUCCACCCUAACCCAUUGACCCCUCCUUACCUUAGCCCCGCCCCAGUGGUACUUAAGGUCCAACCAUGCGGUCCAGAGCCAGUUCCAGUACAGCACCUGUAAGGAAGAGACAUGUUAUGAAUAAAGACUUCUGAUUAAAUGAA